AUGGACUGCUUCCAGGACUUCUGCCUCAACUGCGAUCGCCAGGCAUCUUCCGGCCUCUACUGCUCACAGUCAUGUCGAUUGGCCGACCUCGAGAAAGCCAGCGCUCCUUCCAGCCCUGUACUAUCAAACCACUCCUCAUCAACAACACGACAGCAACAACAAUAUCAACCUUCGUGGGCAUCAUCAUCGGGCUUCGGCAGCGGAUCAGGCUACAUCAUCACCUCGACUCCCAAGACCGAAGAAUGGACACGAACCUACACCCAGCCCAGCGCCAGUGAAGAGCGGAGUCCGCAGUCGUCGUACUUCAUGCGGACGCCGGCGAAGGAGGCUCGCCCAGCUUCGCAAGGUACUCAGCGUUCGCUGACACCCUCGUCGUCAAGGAGCUCGUUGGCCUCGAACACGAGUGGGUCGAACCCAAACGCCAUCUCAGAGCAAGCACGUCAGGAGCUCCAAGAGUACUUCAGCGCGUUCGAUCAGGCCAAGGCGUCGAAGCGGAGACAGAGUACGUGGUAG